AACAUUGUUCGUUUUUAAUGUUUAGCGCUAUGUCAUGUCGAAAAUGCGGUUCCGGAAUUGAGGUCAUGUUUACGUGAAGCCAUGGGAGACGACUUAGGAGACGAGUGGUGGGCUCGAGGUGAAGAAUUAGGUGACUCAGGUGGAGAGGAUGCACACAAUGUACACGACUCGCACGAUUCACAAGACACACAGGAAGCAGCAGAAGAGCCUAAGAAAAAAGUAGUCAAGAAAAGAAAACUUCAAACCCAGGAGGCAGACAAAGUGAAGAAAAAGAAGACAGUACAGAAAGAAGGCAUCGUUGCAAAACCAGAAGAAAAAACAGAGGACAAAAAGCCCAAGAAAAGACGAAAGAAGAAGACCAUCACAGAUGUGUUGGCGACGUCGGAGCCUGCGCCCGGCUCUCCGGCUGACCUGAGGAGCCUGGUGCAGAGCUACUUCAGCGACACGCGAUCUGUUAUAGAGCAGGAGGAGCUCAAGCUGCCGGAGUCAUGUUUUCUGACGAGUAACGACCUCUCGCACAGCUUGUCGUCCUACCUCAAAGAAGUUUGUCCUAAAUGGGCUAAAGUACAGAAGCAGCACACGCAGACGCGCUCGGUCGUACUGCUCAUCGUCUGUAGCUCCGCCCUGCGAACCAUCGAACUCAUCAAGCAGCUGACUACAUUUAAGGGCGAAGCUAAAGUGUUAAAGCUCUUCGCCAAACACAUCAAAGCCGAGGAUCAGGUGAAGCUGCUGAGUAAAAGUGUGGCUCACAUCGGUGUGGGUACUCCUGGCAGACUGAGCACCCUGAUAGAUAAAGAGGGAUUGAGUCUGCAGGGAUUGAGAUAUCUUGUCCUUGACUGGAACUACCGAGACCAAAAACAGAGGCGGAUGGUGGACAUACCAGAGGUCAAAGCAGAAUUCCUGAAGCUUAUGGAGACCGGCAUCAUUAAGAAGUGUCAGGAAGAAGCAGUUAAAAUCGGACUCUUCUGACUGCGCAUUGCUUUUCAUGUCUUCUCAACCACACUCGCACAAAUACGCCUCUGAAAUGUGUUUUUUUUUUUAUUAUUUAUGUAAAGCUUUGUUCUACAUUUUUAAGCUGUGUAAAAACCCAGCUGUGUGUCUACUACACAAACACACACUCUACUAGAGAGAGCUAAAAAUAAACUCAUCUGAUUGGACAA